GGGUGCAGCUGCUCCGAUAAGGCCCCGGGGAGGGGACUCUGCCCUCCUCCCGCAGUGCUCUCCCGGCUCCACGCCCCGCACCGUUUCACAACCGCCCCGGCCGUGCCAGAUCCGCUUCCACCCCACGGCGGACUGGGGCAUCCUCUGGAGCGGACGGCGCUGCCCCCACACCGCCCACGGCCGAGGGGAGCACGGACGGAGCAUCCCCCGACGGUGCGAGAAUCAAGCCCUGAGCAGCCAUGCAGAGGAUUGAGAAGGUCGUGGGGCAGGCGAGAGCCGCCUUCAACUCAGGCCGGAGCCGCUCGCUGGAGUUCAGGAUACAGCAGCUGAAGGCCCUGGAGCGGAUGGUGAAGGAGAAGGAGAAGGAGAUCCUGGCAGCCCUCCAUGCGGAUCUGCACAAGGGUGGGCCCAACGCGUACAGCCACGAGAUCCUGGGCGUGCUGGCGGAGCUGAACCUGGCCAUGGAGAAGCUGCCGUCCUGGGCAGCCCCUCAGCCUGUGAAGAAGAACCUGAUGACGAUGCGGGACGAGGCCUACAUCAACUAUGAGCCUCUGGGAGUGGUGCUGAUCAUCGGGGCCUGGAACUACCCCUUUGUCCUGGUCAUGCAUCCUCUGAUCGGGGCCAUCGCAGCAGGCAAUGCCGUGGUGGUGAAGCCGUCGGAGGUGAGCGAGAACACGGCUCAGCUGGUGGCUGAUCUCCUCCCCCAGUACCUGGACCGGUCGUCUCCGGAUUAUGAAAGGAUCGUCAACAAGCGUCACUUCAAGAGAGUCCUGGGCUUGCUGGAAGGGCAGAAGAUCGCUCACGGGGGAGAGAGUGAUGAGGCCUCCUGCUUCAUAGCACCGACCAUCCUGACGGACGUUUCCCCGGAUUCCAAGGUGAUGGAGGAGGAAAUCUUUGGGCCUGUCCUGCCCAUUGUGACCGUGAAGAGCGUAGAGGAAGCCAUUGAGUUCAUCAACUGUCGGGAGAAGCCCCUUGCCUUGUAUGUCUUCUCCAACAACAAGAAGCUGAUCAGACGGGUGAUAUCAGAGACCUCCAGUGGUGCCAUGACAGCCAAUGACGUCCUCAUGCACGUGGUGGUUCCGGGUCUGCCCUGCGGUGGUGUGGGUAACAGCGGGAUGGGAGCCUACCAUGGCAGGUACAGCUUCGAGACCUUCUCCCACCGCCGCACCUGCUUGAUCAAGGACCUGAAGCUGGAGGUUGUGAACAAAACGCGGUACCCACCUGGCAGCCAGGAGAGGGUGAAUGUGGCCAAGUUCAUGCUCCUGAAGCAUUGUAAGGACUGCCGAGUGGGACAGUUCCUCUCGGCCCUGCUGGGGGCUGUGAAAGCAGUCAUGGCAAAGAUAUUCUCCCCCUGACGAGAGGAGUGAUGGGCAGUCAGCAGCUUUCCAGCCCCGGAACCCACCACUCGCUCCCUGCAGUCCUAGUGCUGAACUUUCCUCUGCUGCAGUUUCAUUUCUUCCAAGGCAGCCAACACACUGAAGAGGUAGAAGACAACAAAAAAUACCUAGAGUAGAGACAGUCCAAGCUGAAGGCUCCAGCUCCUGCUGAAGCAGGAAUUUAUCAAGACCUAGGCCAUGGGUCAUGCCUGAGCAGUGAGUGCCAGAUGGAAGGAAACAGCAUCCACCCUGCUUUGUAAACAGGAGCUUAUCUAAAAACUCUUGGGAAUGGGGGAGUGUUUGUCACAAGGAUACCUAAACAAAGCCACUUGUUACUGAGCCUGUUAUCUACUUAAUGCCUGCCUGAUUCCCAUAGGAAGCUGGCUCAUUACAGCAAUAAGCUUAGCAAAUUGUACUGCAGGGGACAGUCCAGGCUGCUUGUCCCCAGAGCAGAGAAAAGGAACCUGGAGGAACCUGCACCAUCGCAUCCUUUAUGGGACUCACGACCGAGUGGGUUGCAGGGAGAUCACCCAUAGCCAUGUAAAGUGUGCAAAGGCCACCUGAGUGACAGCAAAGGCUCUCUGAGCUGCAGCCACACUGUCCCAAGGACUCAAGGAGUGCCAGGGACCACAACUGCACUGCUGCUGCACUGCUUUUGAGGCUGCUGGGGCAAAGACAGGGGCUUUGCUGCAACUAGACUGCCAGGUCAGGGACGUCCUUGGCCAGAGUUGCAGAGCAGCCAGCCACCUCAUCUGUAACUGAAUUUCAGGUUUUUAUUGGUUUUUGGGUAGUCUUUUACCUCCAAAGUUGUAACUGAGAGCUGACCUUGACCCUGGCUGAAUAAAACCUUUGUUUACUGUGAAGGCCA